AUGGUGCAGUGGAUUCUGCGCCGGAGCCGCCGAAAUUUUUUCGGCGGGCCCACUUUAAUACCGGAGGUCCGGUGUUCGAAUCCGGGUCCGGGCGGCCCCUUUUUUUUACCGUAUUUUCUCGGUAUAUUAUUAGUAUUUUCGGGCCCACCCUUAGAUUCUAGAUUUAAUCAAAUAUACUAA